GCUUCGACCUGAUUUGUUCUUAUAUCCAUUGCUUGAUUGUAACCUUCUUCUACUUCCAUGAUCUCUUGUUCUCCUGUUAUUGAUUCUCAGGCUCCAUGCCUUUCCUCGAUACUGUGGUGGCGUCAAAACCCUGCCCCGCGGCUUAUGUUUCCUCGUGUUACUUCAUGCGCUCCUUCCUCUUGCCUCGUACUCUCCAUUCAUUCUCCCCGAGAAUUGAUCUCCCACUGUGGGUGUCAAGAGAACCUUAUAGCCGUGGCUUGCUCUUUGUCCAAGUCUCCCAAGUAAAUGGACGCAGAAUCUGGCUCUUGCUCUCUUUCCUGCUUCUCCUCACUCUUCUAAAGCUGGUAUCUGAGCGCUCUUGUAUUGAUUCCUUGCCUUAUUGCAUCUGCGAUCUCCUUUUGUUGAGUGUAUAAAUGUAUGUAAAAUACUCGAACAUGCCAUCUCAAGUAUUAUUCAGCUGCAGCACAGAAAGAUAUCGUCGUAGCAGAGAUUUCGGCUUAUCCUGCGGUUUC